AAUAUGUCCACAUGUUACAGCUAACAGUGACAGUAUUUGUUUAUAUACAUGUAUAUAAUAGUUUCUAUCCGUGCUUUGAAUAACUAGUCCUUGCAGUAAAACCUUCUCGGGUAAUGUACGGGAACACGAAGGUGUCAAGAUGACGAGAUGGGCCAGAGCCAAUAACAUCCAUAAACACAAACCAGCCGACGCCACCCCAUGGGACCAGCUGAAACACACUACUGCUCAGUCGGGAGCCAAAAGGACAUUCCCUGCUUCCACAGGAAGACCACGUCCAGUUCCAUCGGACCCUCUACGGAGGACUCAGCGGCAGGAGCCUGCAGAUUAUAAAAAGCCCAACAAGAAGAAGAAGGACUAUGAUAAUGUAGACGUAAACGGUUUCAUGGCGUACCUGGAGGAGAGCGGCCAGCCUCUCCCCAGGGGCCAACAGGACGGGGAGCAGGGCCUCCGAGAAGAGCUGGAGACCGCUGUGAGGAAAGACAACCGCCGGGAGGACAGGAGGAUAAGGAGGCAAAACGAUAAGAAAAGUAAAAUGCUCUGCUUCAACUGUAAGCAGCCGGGCCACGGUUUGGCUGACUGCCCCGAGGCGGAGCGCGACGUGGAGAUGGGCAGGGGGAUCUGCUUCCGUUGUGGAUCCACUGAACACGAAGUCACCAGGUGCCGGGCGAAGGUGGACCCGGCUCUAGGGGAGUUUCCUUACGCAAAGUGCUUCAUCUGUGGAAAGACGGGGCACUUGUCACGGUCGUGUCCUGACAACCCUAAGGGUCUAUACAAAGAAGGAGGUAGCUGUCACGUGUGUGGCUCUGUGGAGCACUUCCAGAAGGACUGUCCCGAGCACCAGUCUAAAGUGACCGCCAUCACGUUGGGCUGGCUGUCCAACAACAUGAGUGCCGACCACGAGGACGUGGACGUGCCGGUGAAGAAGGCCAAACCUAAACAGGCCAAGGUGGUUGUGUUCUGAUGCCCUGCAAUCAAACGUUAUCCACCUCACUAGAAUGGUAUAUUACCAUGUGAAGAGUUAUGAUAACGCUUUUGGGAAACAUUUGAUUGGCCUCGCUGUGUAAACUUACGAGGUUUGUUGUUUGUUUUUUGUUGUUAGUUCUGGUGAGGUCAAAUGAAAGAACAGCACAGAUAGAACAACAACACAAUCUAACAAUCAUUCAGGUUGUUGUACAUCUCUACAAUAAUUCUUUAUAUUGAAAUGUGUUAACUAUGUACUCAAAGAUUUAUAAUACUUUUAAGCUUUACUGGAAAUGGCUUAAUUUCUGUUCAAGUUAAGGGUUAUGUAGCUAAUAAACUAUGCUUCUAUUUAAGGUGUCCUUUGAACACGUUAUUUGUAGAUUUGUUUGGUCAAAUUGUUAAUAAAACUCUUUAAAGCGACCUAUUGUUUCUGUCCUAAUGAAGAAAUUAAGACCAGAUUGAAGUCUUUAUUCAAGUUGGCCAUUAUUUGGUGUAACAAAGACAUUUCUGGAAAUCAUCUCAGUGCUUGGAGCACUGGAUUCUACAGAGCAAAGCGACCCCACUUCUCUGUGCCUGGCAGUUAUUGAUUUGAUGGAGUUUAUUAAACAAAUCUCUAAAAAAGUUUUCAAAACAAGACAUAACCUGGUGUUUUGUAAAGCUGAAAUUGAUUUUAUAGUUGUAUCUCUCACCAGUAGAUGGAGACAAUCAUCACUGUGGCAAAAUUAACAAGCCUAGACAUGCCUGUGGGUUAAGUUUGAUCAAUAAGUCUUAUUUUUAAUUUGGGGUCAUGUCAAUGUACUGCAUCCUCUGAUAAACAACAAUUUGUUGAUGAAAAUACAUUGAAUUAUUUACGCUACAUUAUGAACUAUUCAACAAUGCUAAUAAUUUCUUGGAACAUUUCAGCAGAGUGAUCAGUCCAUGUUACUCGCCAAUUCUGUUAACCAGCCGUAUUCCAUUGGUUUUUAAAGACAAACUCAAUGGUAGCUCAACUGUCUGUAGACUGAUACAUUGGCUCAUGUCAAUAUAAUACUUGUUUUUUCCACUUAAGUACUCUAAAUAAUGACUCAUCUACAUUUUAAAAUAAAUAUAGCAAUUAAAGUU